AUGGCCAUCCUUAACUUCACCCUCAGUGAGGAUGCCGUUGCUGCUUUCCGCGAUGUCUUGACCUGCAUGAACAAGUUCAGCGACGACGUUUCCCUCGAGGCCAAGAAAGACAAGUUGAUUCUUACGGCGCUCAACCAGUCCAAAUCGGCCUACUCCUGUUUCACCUUUGCCACCAACCGGUUCUGCUCCCGCUACCAAUUCGAAGGGAGCGCGCAGUACCGGGAUAAGUUCUAUUGCACACUUCACAUACGUUCCCUCGCCUCCAUCUUCCGCAGCCGCGUCGGCGGCGAUCCGCAACGUGACCGCGAGAAGGAGAGCACAAUUGACCGCUGUGACGUGGCUAUCCAGGACGGCCCGGGCGUCAAGAGUCGGUUGAUCGUGAAGCUUGUCUUUCGGAAUGGUGUCACAUCUACGCAUCGCCUGCCCUUCGAGGUUGCGGUGCCAGUCCAUGCAAAGUUCGACCGUGACGAGGCGGUCCACCAUUGGACCAUCCCUUCGCGGACGCUGAGGCAGCUGAUGGAACACUUCGGUCCUGGCGUUGAGCUGCUGGAUAUCAAUUCGGACGGUGAACAUGUCAACUUUACAUGCUUCACGGAGAAGACGACAAAUGGAGACGAGGUCCUCAAGAAGCCGCUACACACGUCAAUUGCCAUCGAAGUGGACGAAUUUGAAGACAUAGAAGUAGAAGACAAGCUUCGUAUCGUCAUCAGUGUCAAGGAUUUCCGUGCCAUCAUCCAGCACGCCGGCAUCACCGGCAACCACCUCUCCGCCCGCUAUUCCAGCCCGGCCCGCCCGAUCCAGUUCACAUACCCCGGCGACGGCAUCAGCUGCGAGUUCCUGCUGAUGACGGUUGGCGAGAGAGGGAACCCAACUCAGAAGACGAAAAAGGGCAAGGCCAACGCCGCUAACGCCGCCCCGCGACAGCAGCUCGAAGCCGCGUCUAGAAGACAGAGCGCCGCGCCGUCCGAGAUCCCCCAGCCUGUCGAGCAGCCGCCUGAACAGAGUAUGCCCCCUCCACCGGCGGCAUCUGCAGCCAAGAGUGCCGUUGCAGCGCGCACAUCGUUGUUUGAUUUGCGGCCGUCUCAGCGACCUCCUCCUGCAACCAUGCGUUCCGAGGGCUUGUUCGUGGAUAACGACCAGGAAUGGGAGCCUGUUAGGGACGAAGAGGACGAGGAUGCGGAGGAGAAUGCUAGACUGGAGUGGGAUCAUAGUAAUCAGCCCAACGCAUCUGCCAUGCACUUGGGCCGCGCUGUCGCCGAAGAGAAUGGCGAGUUCGACCCAACUCCCGCUAGUAGCGCAGGCUUGGAGCCCACACAGCGCCUCUCUGAUGUCAGACGCCUUGGCUUAUUCUACCAGGGCCCGUGA